CCGAGCUGCCGCUCAGCUGGGGCUUGGGGAGGUCCCUGGAAGAGCCGCCAGCCCGCGGGCCUCCCGCGUCCCUCCUUUCGCUCCCCCGCAGUCGCUGGGCUCGGCACCACCGCGGGAAAGAUGGAGCUGGACCGGUGGACGCAGCUGGGGCUCACGUUCCUGCAGCUCCUUCUCAUCUCGUCUUUGCCAAGAGAAUACACGGUCAUCAACGAAGCCUGCCCUGGAGCCGAGUGGAACAUCAUGUGUCGCGAGUGCUGCGAGUACGACCAGAUCGAGUGCGUCUGCCCCGGGAAGAAGGAGGUGGUGGGCUACACCAUCCCCUGCUGCAGGAACGAGGAGAACGAGUGUGACUCCUGCCUCAUCCACCCAGGUUGUACCAUUUUUGAAAACUGCAAGAGCUGCCGGAAUGGCUCGUGGGGRGGCACCCUGGACGACUUCUACGUGAAGGGCUUCUACUGUGCAGAAUGCAGAGCCGGCUGGUAUGGAGGAGACUGCAUGCGAUGUGGCCAGGUUCUUCGAGGAGUCCCAAAGGGUCAGAUUUUGUUGGAGAGUUACCCCUUAAAUGCUCACUGCGAGUGGACCAUUCAUGCCAAACCCGGGUUUAUCAUCCAACUGAGGUUUGUCAUGUUGAGCCUGGAGUUUGACUACAUGUGCCAGUACGACUAUGUGGAGGUCCGCGAUGGAGACAGCCGCGACAGCCCCAUCAUCAAGCGUUUCUGUGGCAAYGAGCGGCCGGCUCCCAUCAGGAGCAUGGGCUCCUCGCUCCAUAUCCUCUUCCAUUCGGAUGGCUCCAAGAAUUUUGAUGGCUUCCAUGCCAUCUUCGAGGAGAUCACAGCCUGCUCCUCGUCCCCUUGUUUCCAUGACGGCACCUGCCUCCCUGACAAAGCUGGAUCUUAUAAGUGUGCCUGCCUGGCAGGCUACACCGGGCAGCGCUGUGAAAACCUUCUGGAGGCUGGGAAGUCCAAGAUCAAGGCGCUGGAAGAUUCACUGUCUGUCCUUGAAGAAAGAAACUGCUCAGAUCUUGGGGGACCAGUCAAUGGGUACAAGAAAAUAACAGGAGGUCCUGGAUUGCUCAAUGGGCGAAAUGUAAAAAUCGGCACUGUGGUGUCAUUCUUUUGUAAUAACUCCUAUGUUCUUAGUGGCAAUGAGAAGAGAACUUGCCAACAGAAUGGAGAGUGGUCAGGGAAACAGCCCAUCUGCAUAAAAGCCUGCCGAGAGCCAAAGGUCUCAGACCUGGUGAGAAGGAGAGUUCUUCCAAUGCAGGUCCAGUCAAGGGAGACGCCAUUACACCAGCUCUAUUCAUCAGCCUUCAGCAAGGAGAAGCUGCAGGUUGCCCCUACCAAGAAGCCAGCCCUUCCCUUUGGAGACCUGCCCCCUGGGUACCAGCACCUGCACACCCAGCUCCAGUAUGAGUGCAUCUCACCCUUCUACCACCGCCUGGGCAGCAGCCGGAGGACGUGCCUGAGGACCGGGAAGUGGAGUGGGCGGGCCCCAUCCUGCAUCCCUAUCUGUGGGAAAGUCGAGAACGUCACUUCUCUGAAGACCCAAGGGACGCGCUGGCCAUGGCAAGCAGCCAUCUACAGGAGGACCAGUGGGGUACCCGAUGGGGGCCUGCACAAGGGCGCAUGGUUUCUGGUCUGCAGUGGCGCCCUGGUGAAYGAGCGCACGGUGGUGGUGGCCGCCCACUGUGUUACUGACCUGGGGAAGGUCACCRUCAUCAAGACAGCAGAUCUCAAGAUCGUCUUGGGGAAGUUUUACCGGGAUGACCACCGGGAUGAGAAGACCAUCCAGAGCUUACGGAUUUCGGCCAUCAUUCCGCAUCCCAACUACGACCCCAUCCUGCUGGACGCUGACAUCGCCAUCUUGAAGCUCCUGGACAAGGCCCGCAUCAGCACCCGGGUCCAGCCCAUCUGCCUCGCUGCCACUAGGGACCUCGGCAUCUCCUUCCAGGAGUCCCACCUCACGGUGGCUGGCUGGAACAUCCUGGCAGAUGUGAGGAGCCCCGGCUUCAAGAACGACAUGCUGCGCUCUGGGGUGGUCAGGGUGGUGGACUCACUGCUGUGUGAGGAGCAGCAUGAAGACCACGGCAUCCCCGUGAGCGUCACCGACAACAUGUUCUGUGCCAGCCAGGAUUCCAGUGCCCCUUCGGACAUCUGCACGGCGGAGACAGGGGGCAUCGCCGCGAUGUCCUUCCCCGGCCGGGCAUCACCYGAGCCACGCUGGCAUCUGGUGGGGCUGGUCAGCUGGAGCUAUGACAAAUCAUGUAGUCAUCGCCUCUCCACAGCGUUUACCAAGGUGCUGCCUUUCAAAGACUGGAUCGAGAGGAACAUGAAGUGAGCCAGCUGCAGGCCUGUCGGGGAGCUGGUCCAGGCACCUGUCUGCACCUGGGCUACAGGACGCAGUGUGGAUCUGAAGUGUGGAUUUUGCCCAUGAACUUGGCUCUGCCAGGGCUUCUGAUUCCAUGGACACAACUCAGUGGGGGGGUGAGUCGAGCUCAGUUUCUGGUGGACGCUGCCUUCUUCCCGCCUGCUUGGAAACCACCGGGAAGAUCCUAGAGCUUUCAAGACCUGAGUUUCUUCAAAGGACACCUUCCUGUUUGACUGACCUGGUGGCCGUCCCCACCUUUCAGUGGGGUGGAUGUCAUGGUCACCCGUGGUUGAGGGUUGACCUCAGGAGUUCYGGGCUUCACAAAGCCUCUGUGGAGGCUGCAGCCAAACCAAGUUCCAAAGAGCUGCCUGCAGGACGUCGGGCCCGGUUGAGUUAGGAUGUGGCACAGGCUUUGUCCCUUGCCACAGUGCAGYCUGGUCCUUUUCUUUUCCA